UCCAACAAUUUGUAACGCGAUUUAAAACGUAAGAUUUUUUUUAUACGAUUAUUAAAAUCUAUAAAAAGAUUUACCUCGACUUAGACUGUCCAAUUCGCAAUAUGGAUGCAAGCAAUCAUACAUUUGGAUAUAUAUAUAUAUAUAUAUACAUAUAUAUUAGUAACGAAUAUUGAUUAGAUAUCAAUUUCAAAAUUAAAUCUCUAAACACUUUUGUAAAUUUUCUAUACUCUUUUUUAACUAUAAUACAAUCAAUGCGUAAGAUAUUUGGAAACGACAUUCAGUCCGUUUAAUAAAACAAAUAAAUAUCUUAAUUGUUCCGAAAAUAUAUCAAAAAAAAAAAAAAAACUGGAAAAAAUGCAUUCCAUCCAUAAGAUAAAAAUUUUCUACAUAUUUACAGAAACAAAUCGAUAAUCAUAAGAGGACGAGUAUUUUACUCGAGAACGAAUUGAUCCAAUUCAUUAUGAUGACUUCGUUCAUCGUUCGACGUAUACAAAUGAAACAUCCAUGAAUCAAAAUAUAAAUGCACAAAUUGUUUCGUGAUCAUUCGUAAAGACACUGAAAAAAGGAUAUUCUUUCAUUUUCAAAUCGAAUAUACAACGAAAAAGAAAGGAAAAAUGAUUGAAGAAACAAAAUCAAAAGAAUUAUCGAAGUUGAAGAUCGAAACAAUUUGUUCACAAGGUCACAAGUAAUAAUCGUAAUUUUUAUACGAACUUUUAAACUUGAGAAUGACCAAUGAAAAAUGAAAAAAACAUAGAUUUAGAUAUGCGAAAUCGAGGCCUAAAACUCUUCGAUGCACAAGUUAUAAUUAUUAUACAUUUUAAUCGUCCAUUCUUCGAUCGAACGUUCUUUAAUCUCUCGAAUCUGUUUCUUUUUUGGAGCAGAAAUUAAGAAUUAUAGGAACUAUGAAUAAAUAUUAUAUGUAAAUUAAUAUUUAUUACAAUUAAAAUAAUAUGAUGAAAAUAUACAUCAUAAACUUAGAUAUUAAUACCUUUUAAUAAAAUUAUAAUUAGACUCAUAGAGUUAACAAACUAGUCAAAAUGGCGAAUUUUUAAAUGAAUAUUAUUAGCCUUUAUUUAAAUAAAAAUAUGUAUAUUUAUCCAUUUUCAUCAUACUAUAUUAAUUUCGAUGUUUUGCAAUAUGAAAUAUUUAGAUACAAAUAAAAGGUCUCUAGUUUUAAUGUGAAUUAAGUGUAAUAGUUGAUAGAUUUUUCGAAGGAUUAUAAUCGUUCCUCGAAUAAUGUUACGAUCUAAAUAGAGAGGAUUUAAAGAACUUUCGAAUCGAAGAACAAUCGCACAUUUGAAUAUAACAUUGCGUAAUCUUAAUCGACAGCACAGUCGAUAGCUAGUGGAAAUUGUUGGUUUUGUUAUGAUUUGCUCGGAAUGUAUGUUGCAAGCCUAGCCAAUAAAAUGCAUAGCUUUUUUUAUAAAAAAUUGAGAAGAAAAAAAGUGAAGAAAAGUGUAUUACCUUAAUUAAUAUUAUUCUUUUGACAUUUUCAUUCAUUUCAUGUGGAGAAUCUUUUUAAUUAGGAUACUGAAUUAUUUAUUGAAAUAUCUUGCUAAAUAUUUAAUGUUUUUUUAUUUUAUUAUCGUUAUAAUAUUAAUAUAAUAUAAUAUUAAUAUAAAAAAUGAUCUUGAAAUUAAAAUAAAUUUAAUCUCUGGUUUUUAAUUUUAAUGUUAAUCUAUUUUUUUUUUUUUUUUUAAUAAAUGUGAUUUGAAUCUAUAAUCGUAAAAGAGGGAUUAAUAUUGCUUUUAAUUAUUAAUUUACAUUUUAUUAAUAUUAGCAUAUUGUUAUUGAAAAUCAACCAAUUCGCAUGUAAUUUAUUAUGAACAAGCGAAUAUAUUCUUUAUGAAUUGAGAGAAAAACGAAUGUCAACACGUGACGUUGACAAAUGCAAAAUGUAACUAUCCAACUUUCGGUCAAAAUUAUUUCUAAAUUCCCUGUUUAUUCAUUUAAUGUUGCAUUUGCCGUUCAUUUUCGUUUACUAUUACUUUUUUUCUUUCUUGUGUACAUGCUUUAUUACUUUAUAUUCAAAAAUUCAUAGUAUUAAUCACAAGGAAACAUUAUAUUUUCAAACAACAUGCUAUCACGAUACUUAACCUCAUUUUCCUUCAAACUCCUCAAUAAAAAUCCAAGGUAAUAUGAUAUUUUCGUUGCAUCCUUUUUUAUUUUCCGAAGAACGUAUUUAAUUCUAUGUUAGUUUUCCAUUUGAUCAUAAAAGUUUUGUUCUGUUCUGUCAUUUCAGUAGCCUGUGGAAAUGCAAACGGUGUCAAUUUCAUGUUAGUGUGGCGCGUCAGAAAAAGAAAAAAAGCAAAGUGCUGAGUUGUCCAAACCAAUUCUCGAGCCUAUGUGUAAAAACGCUAUAGUGCUUGGAGGAUCUGAUGGCUUUGGUUUUGCAGCGGCUGAUCAUCUCUUGCUCAAAGGAGCACGUACUGUCGUAAUAGCUGACCAUGAUCCUAAAGAAGGGAAAAUGGCAGUCGAAAGACUGUGCAGUUUUCAUGGAAAAAAUCGCUCAUACUACGCUCAUUAUAAUAUAAUGAGUGAUUGUCAUAGUCACAGUAGUUUACACGAUGCUCUUUGCAAACUCAAAGUGAUUCAUAUUAUUUUUAAUAAUAUUGAUAAAGAAAAGACAUCGAAUCCGAAGAUCGAAGAAAACACUGUACACAAAACGAUUCGAAUAGGCUUGGAACUUUUAGGGAAGGAUAAUGGUGGUUCUGGCGGAAUAAUAAUAAACUGUGCGAGUAUUUUCGGUUUCUUGGGAUGGCCUCAAGAUCCAUUCCCAAUUUAUUGCAACAAAGAACCUGCUAUAGAAGUCACCCGAUAUUUCGCGAAAAAGUAUAAUGUAGAAACAACUGGAGUUCGUUUAGUGGCACUUUGUCCAACGAAUAAACACUUUCGCGACAUAGGAUUGCCAAUUUUUCCAGAUCCUCUUCCAAACAAAACUAUGUGUGAAUUGCCAACUUGUAUUCCGCAUUCGAAAUAUCACAUAGGAACAGCUUUAAAUCAUUUAUUAGCGUGGGCAAAGAACGGAAGUGCGUGGUUGGUCGAACCUGCAAUCAGCGUCAAUCAAAUUCCUCAAUUACUUCAUUUUCCAGAGAAGGAAGGCGAAAAAGUUGACCCCAAAGUCUAUGAAACACAAUAUUGUACUGUGAAGAUUGAUCCACCUUGUGCCAAAGCUAAAGUAUGUACACCUACGAAAGAAGAAAUGUGCAUAAAGAAAGAAAAAAACGAUAAAAAAAAAAAGAAAAAGAAAGAAAAGAAAUGAAUCAUUCCUUUUUUUACAACGUAGAA